AGACCCUCUGUCCUACUUUUGCCUGAUGCCGUUGCGCUUCGAGGAUGAGGACGGAUAUCCCACAAUGCUCUGCCUGACAGAGUCGUGGAUGGAUGCAGUUGCGUGUUCCGUUGGUUAGACCCACGGACACUAUACAGUCCGUGUGCGUGCGCGUCUCCGGCAGACAGACUGACAGACCGACAGAUAGAUAGAUAGAUAGAUAGAUAGAUAGAUAGAUAGAUAGAUAGAUAGAUAGAUAGAUAGAUAGAUAGAUAGAUAGAUAGAUAGAUAGAUAGAUAGAUAGAUAGAUAGAUCCUAUGAGGUGCAUUUCAUUUCAAGAUAUAUCGGACAGGACCUUUAAUCCCCCUGAGAGGAGAGAGGGGGGUCCACUCACUGCCGACCGGAGCAUGAUGGACCCCCUGACCGACACGCGCGCGUCUCCUGGGGGGCGCAGCGUCACAGGAGCCGCCAGUGAGGACAAGGCGGACGAUCAGAAGCGCGGCUGCGGAAGAGAAGCGGCGACAGGCGGCAGCGACAUGGAGGAUCCGCUUGAUGAAAAACUCAAAGGUCUGGCGUUCAGGAAACAAAUCUCGUACCGGAAAGCCAUCUCCCGGUCCGGUCUGCAGCAUUUGGGGCCACCCCAGAACCCUUUCUUUACCCUGAGCAAUGGACCGCUCAAGGAGCUUCGCACCACGAUGGAUUGGAGCGAGAACGCUGUCAACGGGGACCACCUGUGGCUGGAGACCAACUGCUCCGGGGACCUGUGUUACCUGGGCGAGGAGACAUGCGUGGUCAAGAUUUCAUCAGCACCCCGCAGGAAGUGUGCCGCCUGUAAGAUCGUGGUCCACACGGCUUGCAUCGAGGAGCUUGACAAGAUUAACUUCCGUUGUAAACCCACGUUUAGAGAAGGCGGCUCUCGAUGCCUCCGAGAUCAGAUCGUUUCGAGACAUCACUGGGUCCACCGACGGCGACAGGAUGGGAAGUGCCGACAAUGCGGCAAAAGUUUUCCACAGAAGUUCUUCCAUAAUAAGGAGAUUGUGGCCAUCAGCUGCUCGUGGUGCAAGCAGGCAUUCCACAACAAGGUGACAUGCUUCAUGCUCCAUCAGAUCGAGGAGCCGUGCUCGCUGGGAGCUCACGCGGGCGUCAUCGUCCCACCCUCGUGGAUUAUCAAAGUUAGGAAACCGCAGAGCUCCUUUAAAAACUCCACACGGAGGAAAAAACGGACGUCCUUCAAAAGAAGAACCAGCAAAAAGGGCACCGAUGAAUCGAAAUGGCGUCCGUUCAUGUUGAAACCGAUGCCCUCUCCUCUUAUGAAACCGGUGCUGGUGUUUGUCAACCCUAAAAGUGGAGGAAACCAGGGGACGAAGUUGUUGCAGAUGUUCAUGUGGAUUCUGAACCCUCGGCAGGUGUUUGAUCUGUCUCAGGGCGGACCAAGAGAAGCGUUGGAAUUGUACAGAAAAGUGCCAAAUCUUCGUAUCCUUGCCUGUGGAGGAGAUGGAACGGUGGGCUGGAUUCUGUCAGCCUUAGAUGAACUUCAGAUGAACCCGCAACCUCCUGUAGCUGUGCUCCCUCUCGGUACAGGAAAUGACCUCGCCAGGACACUCAACUGGGGAGGGGGUUAUACAGACGAGCCCGUGUCGAAGAUCUUGUGUCAGGUGGAGGACGGUACUGUGGUCCAGUUGGAUCGCUGGAAUCUUCAGGUAGAGCGAUCGUCUGUUCAGCCCGAGGACGGCUCACAAAAGCUUCCUCUGAACGUGUUCAAUAACUACUUCAGCCUCGGAUUUGAUGCACACGUCACGCUGGAGUUUCAUGAGUCUAGAGAAGCAAACCCCGAGAAAUUCAACAGUCGCUUCCGUAACAAGAUGUUCUAUGCAGGGGCGGCAUUCUCCGACUUUCUCCAGCGAAGCUCCAGGGACCUGUCCAAGCACGUCAGGGUGGUGUGUGAUGGCACAGAUCUCACACCCAAGAUUCAGGAACAGAAGUUUCAGUGUAUCGUCUUCUUAAACAUACCCAGGUACUGCGCCGGUACCAUGCCCUGGGGUAACACGGGGGACCACCGAGAUUUUGAUCCCCAGAGGCAUGACGACGGUUGCAUCGAGGUGAUCGGCUUCACCAUGGCUUCCCUGGCGGCGCUGCAGGUGGGCGGCCACGGUGAACGUCUGCACCAGUGCAGGGAGGUGGUCCUCACCACGUUCAAGACGCUGCCCGUGCAGGUGGACGGCGAGCCGUGCCGCCUGGCGCCCUCCACCCUCCGCAUAUCCCUGAGGAAUCAGGCCAAUAUGGUGCAGAAAAGCAAGAGGCGCACGUCUGUGCCUUUGCUGAACGACAUUCAGAAAGUGUGCGCAGCCGACCUGCGCCGCCUCUCUGCUCCCCCCGACUCCUUCUCUGUCCCGCACGCAGUCCCCGACCGCCUGCGACUGCGCGUGAACCGUAUCAGCCUGCAGGAGUAUGAGAGCAUGCAGUUUGACAAAGAACGCCUUCGUGACAUCUCUACUCCGGUUGGCAUUGUGGUGGUGAGAGGCGACUGUGACCUAGAAACAUGUCGACUUUACAUUGACAGACUGCAGGAGGAUUUGCAUCAAGCGCCCUCUGCUGGCCACAGAGUACAUUACCAGGACGAGAGCACAGGCUUGCCGCGGCCUAGUUCAACACACAGGCUUUCACCAAGCUGGAGUUUCCUUGACUCUACAUCAGCUGACCGCGUUUAUCGCAUAGACAAGGCUCAGGAGCAUCUUCACUUCGUGACUGAAAUUUGUCAUGAUGAGGUGUUCAUCCUGGACCACGAGGCCCCAGCGGUGAGCCGGGUACCUGGAAUGCCGGAUGUGGUCGUGGAACCCAGCUCCAGCGUUCCCCUGACCUCAGAGGAACAAGCUCUACUGUCAGCUGCUAUCAAAGGAGAGCUUACUACGGUGUCUAGCUCCUGCAGCGGCGGGGUCAGUCUGUUAGCACGAGACACGAUGGGCUGCACUGUUUUGCAUUUGGCCGCUCAACACGGUCACACUGACGUCGUGAGUUUCAUUCUAGAACACGAGGAGACACUGCUCUGCACAAAGCUGCUGCCCAGCAGCUUCAUGAAGUGUGCAGACGCCUGCUGGAGGCCGGGGCUUCCCUCCGGCCAAACUUCCUGGGAAAAACGCCUAAGGAUUACGCCCUGGAUGCUGGGAACAUCGAGCUGGCGUCCCUUCUGGAGAGCCAGACGUCGGAUCAGCCCGUGGCACACGAGGAUCUCGAGACGGCUGUAUGAAUGGGUUUUACUGCACCCGGUGUUGUAUUUGUACCCACAGACGGGUCUGCCAGCGUUCCUCCGAGCAUUAGAGAGCACGCUCACGCUCGCAGAGAGAGAACGAGAGAGCGUGAAGGAGAAAGACAGAUGGAUAGAUGAACGGCUAUGGAGACGACUCGGGUCGCUUCUCUGGAUGAAGAAAGUCUAGAAAAUGUCUAGCUGUUGUUUUCCACUAAUGUCACUGUGGAGUUUAGAAUGUUUAAUUUUGGGGGGAAGUGGCUUUGUUCUAGGAUUUUAUUUAUUUAUUGCUCUUAUUUAUUGAACUAUUUAUUCAUUGAUGGGUUUGGUUUUAUUCUCAAAAAGCCUGCACCUGUUGUUUGCCAAUACGGAUCACAGGUUAGUUUUUAGAGAAACGAUUGCGAGUGAACUUCGUGUGCCAAAGACGCACGGGAAGCUGAGGAUGGCGUUACGCUGUAGAAAUCAUUCCAGCAGCUCCUUGACAAACCUGAAGAUGUUCGGUGUUUGUUUCAGGGGGAACUUCCUUCAUUUUUAGAUUUUAAACUCAUACCCCUGAAGCUGUUGACUCUGAAAUCUUCAUAACUGCAUAACAACUUUACACGUUGGGUUCUUUUGCAUUUGUGUGCCGUUACAGUGGUGUGAUUGUGAAAAUAUCUUACAAAACUGAUAAAAGAUCUGAGCCAUAUUCAAUGCAAUAUGAAUGGAUGACAUUUGUGCAUUUAUCUAUUUUCUAUUACAUUACAUUAAUGUUUCAAGACGAGGAAAUAAGUCUCUAUGGAUGGAAUGGGUGUGAGGUUUUCUCAUUGAUGGCAGCUUAUUGGCUUUUGGCUCCUUUGAAAUGCCAAGUUGCUGAUUGUAAUAAGACAGAAUGAACCAUGUAAAGACACGUAAGAGUAUUUAAACACAAGAGUUCAGUGGCAUUUUCUCACCCUCUUGUUAACAUUUCACAGUCCUUUAUCACGUCACGUCAGAAAUGACCGGACAAGCAUGACACAGCUGCCAUAGGAACACGCUGAGGCUUCGUGAGAUGAAUUUACAUACGAGUGAUCUGUUGUGAAAUCUUGUAUUAUCAGUUGAGAUUGUUUAGCAUUAUCAUGCAUGGAUUUUUGUUACCACUCUGGAUGUUUCUUACCCCUCAGUAAAUAUAUAAUGAAAUGGCAUUAUUUCUAUUUUAAGUAAUGAAAUAUGAAAAUCGUUCAGUGGUUGUAUUUUGCUUUUUUAUCUCUCAAAAGAUGGGACUACUUGAAUGGUUUAUUUUUUUCUGAAAAUCUGUUUUGAGUGUGUCAGGUUGAGGAGACUGUAGACAUCAUCACAUGAAUCUGUGACAGACAUCAUGUUGCACAAUCUCAAAACUGGGAAUGUUUUCUCAUUAAACAGCAGUGAGAUGGAAAGUACCAGAUUUGUCUUUUUUUCAUGGCACAGUAGUUUUAUCACCCUGCAGUGCAGGAAGAACAGUUCAAACCUUAGUGUUAAAGACACGCCUUAUAAGUACACAUUGCACUGCCCCAGGGUACCAACAUUUAUCUUAUUUAUG